AUGGUUUACUUUCCCUCUGAGGUCGUUGACAUGAUCAUGUCCCAUGUCGACCCUGAAGACUUCUAUACCCUGUUGCAGUGUGCGCUUGUCAAUCGCCAGUGGUCCAGAUCGGCUCUCCGUGCUCUGUACCGUGCUGAGGCCCUCUUCCCGGGUGUCCACAGAGCGUCUGCAUACGAACACUCCAGGAUUUCCAUAAGACCACUUACGUGGGCCAGGUUUUGGUGGACUUUGAUCGUGUCUGCUUUCACCUUCGAGACUUAUCUCCCCUAUGCCGAAUUCCUUCACACGCUCGACUUAUGCGAUCUUGCGCUUUUGAUUCAUCUGGAUAAAGACUUUGCCGACAAGUUGCGGUAUGGUCGCUUCGCGUUCGACCUCAAAAUCAUUUGUCUUGAAAAUUAUUGCAACAUCUGUGCUGCCGUCGGUUGGGGUGUAAACUCUGGAAUCACCAGGUUGGUCUGUGACAGCUGUCCUGAGACCUGGGAUAACGAGGAGGAAAGAGAUCGUUAUCUUGGAGUUUCUUCGUCCGUCAUCGACUGGUGGGCUCCACGUCUGAUCCGUCUUGAGACUCUGUGGUACAAUAUGGGAAAGCAUCUGCACGUGGACAAUGCACGCAGCAUCGCACGCCAUUGUCCCCGGUUCAAGAACCUGAUGGUGUGGGAAUGGAUGGAAUCAACCAUCAGUAGUGCCAGGUUCGCUUAUGAUGAUUCCGACAGUGAUACAGAAGAGGAAGAUACGUCAGCUGGAGAUUUCCUCAUGGCCCUGCGGCGCAAUACCUUGGAACGGUUCGAGAUCUCUCGUGAUUCCCAUUUCAAGCCUUCCAUGGUGAGAGGCCUGAUUGCUCAUUCCCAAUCCAUGCGUGUGUUGAGAUUGCCCAAGUUCCGGUCGGAGCUGGUGGUCGAACUCAUGAAAUCGAACCCCCUGCAGUCCCUUGAAGCUAUCCACUUUUUCCUCGGUUACGAGAAACGCGCUGAGCUAGCUCAACCGUUCGGAAAGUGGCUCGGUGCUUGCCGAAACUUGCGUCGAAUCGAGACUUGGCUCUACCACGACGAACUCUUGAUGCUAGCGAAUGCCCUCAAGCACGGCAUCGCCUCCUUGGAAGUUCUCAUCGUCCAGCAGAAUUACGAGGAUAAUCCCAAGAUCAUCGACGCCUUCUACCGCGGAAUCUCACGUCAGCGAAACUUGCAGGAGCUCACAUUGAACACAGAGAUGACGAGCGACAAGAGUCUAUUCAUGUGGUGCCUCUUCCCCUUGAAAAAGUUGCGCAAGCUUAAUCUCCGGAGAAUGUCGUCCCAGCUCACGUUGCCCGACAUCAGAACUCUUACCUCCUGCUUCCCCGACCUCACCUGGCUGGGUCUGUACGUGACUCCGGUCCUCGACGAAAUCUGGGACUACAUCGUUGCCCCCAAGCUCCGCUACCUCCACUUGGUCGGCAUUGGUGUGUUGCACGCUCAACCCGUGCUUGAUUUCAUUCAUCGUCUGGGUGAGCAGAACAGGGGAUUCAUUCUGAAGCUCAAGUUCAGCACAUUUGCCGAACUCUACACCACUGUCUCGGACGAGGAUCAUCGCGCCAUUGCAUACGCGCUGUUCAGUCAUCUGGACGGUCGUCUCCUGCCAUACAGAGAAAUGCUCUAG